AUGCUUAGAGGUAGUACAUUAAGACCAAUUAUUCGUAGCAAUGUCAAUAGAUACGUGAAAUCGGCAUUUCAUAGCAGUGUUAAGUUGAAUGCUGGGUCAGUAUUUAAGAUGCCCGCAAUGUCACCUACUAUGACGGAAGGAGGAAUUGUUUCUUGGAAAUUUAAGGCAGGAGACGAAUUUUCAGCAGGAGAUGUGUUGUUAGAGGUUGAGACUGACAAGGCCACCAUUGAUGUCGAGGCACAGGAUGACGGUAUUAUGUGGGAGGUUUUGGAAAACGAUGGGGCCAGUGGAGUGGCAGUUGGAAAGCCGAUUGCUUUGUUGGCGGAGCCGGGCGACGAUUUAUCGAGCUUAGAGAAGCCAUCUUUAGAGUCAGAAGCGCCAAAAGCAGCCAGCGAGGAAGCACCUAAGAAAGAGGCCAAGGAGCAACCAAAAGAACAACCAAAAGAACAAUCUAAGACGCAAAAAGCAGAGAAGACCCAACCAAAGAAGAGUGGAUCAGAUACCGAUUCCGGAAGCGUAUUUUUGAGUGCUAAUCCUAGUCAAAAACUUCUGCCUUCUGUUGAAUUGUUAUUGCACCAGAAUAACAUUUCGGCAGAUGAUGCCAUUUCCAAAAUACCAGCCUCGGGUCCUAACGGUAGAUUAUUAAAGGGAGAUGUGUUGGCUUACGUCGGAGACAUAAAGAAGGAUGCUGUGGUCAGUAUUGCCAAAUUUAUCAAGUCUAGAGAACGCUUGGACUUAUCGAACAUUAAAUUAGCGGAACCAAAACCAAAAGAUGCCGGUAAGGCAGAAAACAUCGAACCAGAAAAACCCUCCAAUAUCUUAACGGUCGAAAUGACCUCAGAAUUCCCAGAAGAUAUUUCUAAAGACAAAUUUAAAUACGCAUUCGAAAAAUCCAUCAAAUCAGCCAUAAGAAUUACCUACGCCCACAGAUUCCCCGAAUACUCAUCCUCGCCUUCUGCCUCCUCCUUGGUCGAAUCUGAUUUGUUUGAUGACUUAUUGGCUCCAUCCGUCACCAAGAACAGAUUCGAAGUCUACGAUGUCAAUUACAAUUUCUUUGGAUCGGUAGCAUCCCCAACGUUAUCUGCGGCCAUUGCCGAUGAGUUCGAUGAGAUUUUAGGUUUAUCCGCACCAUCUCCUUCUGUAUCCUCUAUUUCAGAUGAAGGCAUGCAUAGUGUUAAUGUUGAAUUCAAGAUUAAAUUUAAUGAAUCCUUAACUGACUCAAAAGCAUUUGUUGAUUACUUUGAAGGCUCCUUACUUUCUCAAAUUCCUAGCAGAAGGCUUAAAAUUACAAACUAA